AAUUUUGUAAAUUUUGUAAAUUUUGUAAAUUUUGUAAAUUUUGUAAAUUUUGUAAAUUUUGUAAAUUUUGUAAAUUUUGUAAAUUUUGUAAAUUUUGUAAAUUUUGUAAAUUUUGUAAAUUUAGUAAAUUUAGUAAAUUUGUGGUUAAUUUUCCAAAAUGUUUUACUUUUGUAGGAAUCUCAACCAUUCCCAAAAUUUAAUAAAAUACUCACAAACAAAUAUUUUACAAGUAAAAUAUUAUUCCAAAUUUUAUAAGGUAAAUUUUGCAAGAUUUUUGCAGAUUUUCAAUUUUUCACCUGGUAAAUUCUGUAAAAAAGUCCCUCUCCUUCCCUGUGCCAGGAGAUUUAAUCACACUAAAUCAGAAAAUGCCACAGGAUUUCCCUACCUGCCAAACACACCCGAAGAAACACACCAACUUAUCCCUCACCAGGACACUGUGGUAACUCCUGUGACCUCUGUAAACUCUGUGAACUCUGUGAACUCUGUAAGCUCUGUGAGCUCUGUAAGCUCUGUGAGCUCUGUGAAUAACUCUGUAAACUAUGUGAAUGGUUCUGUGGGUUCAUAUUUUACGGAUGCUUGUUCGGGUAUAAUAAAGUUGUAUUGUGAUUCUACGGAUCCGAACUACUCUCAGCCGUGGCAGAUGAGGAAGCAAAUCAAGAGCAUCGGUUCAGCGUUUGUGAUUAAGGAUAAACUAAUCCUCACCAACGCACACUGCGUCUCCUGGCAAAACCGGUGCCUAGUCAAAAAACACGGAUCGACUAGGAAAUACAUUGCUAGAAUGAUUGAGAUUGGUCAUGAGUGUGAUUUAGCGGUGUUGACUGUGGACGAUGAAUCGUUUUGGGACGGGAUAACACCGCUGGAAUUCGGUGACGUGCCGAAUUUACACGAUAACGUUACCGUCAUCGGGUAUCCCACAGGCGGUGAUAACCUCUGCAUCACUUCAGGCGUCGUAUCAAGAGUCGAUGUUACCACAUACUCACACUCCAAUUUUCGAUUAUUGUGUGUGCAAAUAGAUGCAGCGAUAAAUUCGGGAAAUUCUGGCGGUCCUGCGAUAAAGGAUGGGAGGGUGAUUGGUGUGGCAUUUCAGGCGUACGAUGAGGCGCAGAACAUCGGCUACAUCAUACCAACCUGCAUUAUUAACCAGUUUCUAAAACAAAUCCAACUUUUCAACAAGUACACAGGAUUCGUCAACAUCGGAAUCACAUACCAACUACUCACCAAUCCCUUCCUCAAAUCAUUCCUAUCUCACAAACAACAUAAUACUGAGUUGGGAUUAGGGGGUGGUAUAAUGGUAUGUCAGUAUGACGAAUCGCUGAGGGGAGUAAUAGAGACAAAUGACGUGAUUUUGCAAAUUAACGGGCAUCCCAUCGCCGAUGACGGGACUGUACACUUCAGAGGGGAUGAGAGAGUGCACUUGGGGUAUUCGCUGACUGAUAAAUUCUGCGGAGACGACUGCGAACUACUCAUCCUACGCAAUAACAAACUCAAAAAAAUCCAUAUAAAGCUUGGGAAGCCGAGCUAUUUAGUGCCGGAGCACCAGUGGGAUAUCAUGCCCAGAUAUUACAUCUACGCAGGACUCGUUUUCAUCCCACUCUCCAUGGAAUAUCUCAAAGACGAGUUUGGUAAGAAAUUCUAUGAGAGGGCGCCGACGGCGCUUUUGAAGCCGUUGUCGGACAUGUUUGCGCGUGAGAGUGGUGAGGAGGUGGUAAUACUAAGUCAAAUCCUAGCCUCAGACCUGACCAUAGGAUAUGAUUUCAAGAACAUACGCCUGGUCUCAGUCAACAAUACUAAAAUUCUGAACCUUAGGCAUUUGGAACAGGUGUUACUCAGUGCUGUGGAGAAAUACGUUAAGUUCCAGUUUGAGCAGGAUAUCCUAGUGGUCCUGGAAACCGCCAAAGUGCCCGAAUUCGAACAACAAAUACUACAACAACACGCAAUCUCAGCUCAUAAAUCUAGAAUUAUCUAGUAACAAAUUGUAUAAAAUUAUUGUCUGACAAGUUUAAAGGUCUUUUUAAGGUCAAUGGAGCUUAAAAUUGACAAGAAUUCAGACUCCAAAGACUUUAUCCUACGACCUGGUCCAGAGUAACUGAGCUCAUUUGUGUAACUGGGCUCAUUUGUGUAACUGAGCUCAUUUGUGUAACUGGGCUCAUUUGUGUAACUGGGCUCAAUUGUGUAACUGGGCUCAUUUGGUGAUUCCCCGCUGAGAUUGGGUAAAUUCGAUUUGCCUGAGAUUCCUGGCCCUAACCUUAAACAGGGACACAUUUUAAUUUGUAAUCUCACCCAAACGUGAAGGAAUUUAUA